UGCCUCCAAAUUAAAGUCUGUAAAACGCCUAGGUUAGCCGCAGAAUGGCAAAAGACGAAAAAUAGCUACAUGUAACUGUUUAUAUAGCUUACUAUAAGCACCGUUACACGACCAGCAGCACGCUAAAACUCCAGACACUCCUGGCCAUCUUGUUGAGCAUUAGCUAAUGUUAGCUACGCUAGCUAACGCUAACGUAGAGGCUUUUAUCUGAGUGGUAGCAAACGUCUACCAAAGCUAAAGCCAGGUCUCUGUUACCAGUUAUCGUAAAAAAAAAUAACUAAGCCCGUCUAGUUUUCAUAUUUGUACCAAAAUUACAACAUUUUUGAAUUAUGCCAGCAAAGUACACAGAAGCCUUACCCAACGCGGUCCUGGAGCUGUCGUAUUUAAACCUCACAUCCGUAUCCGGUUUCUUGAGGUGAGAUCAGGUGGGUUAGGAGGAGGAGCAAAAGAAGGCAUCUUCAGAGCUGACAGCACGCGUCAUGACAGGCCAGAGUGAAAGAGAAGUAAACUUCCCAUUGUAGUAAAAAAAAAAAAAAAGCUGGUGGAAGAACACGAAGCAUGCCAUCAUAAAGUGGAUCCGGAGGUGGAAAAGGAAGGAGAAGAAUCGGAGCAGAGAGAUGGCACAGCAAGAAGAACCCCUGUACGAUUUCCCAGAGCCCACCCAAGUAUCGGAGCGCAAGCUGAGGGGUCAGGGUUCCCUGAAAAACAUCAGUGUACUGGACCGUCUCCUGCUUACAGUGCCCGUCUGGCUCCAGCUAUCAAUCAACCCAGCCACAGCACUGCACAUACUGCAGAGGGAGCCUCCCGGGACGUUCCUGGUGCGAAAGUCUCGCACGUCCCAAAGAAACGUGCUCUGUGUGCGUUUGACGGAUGACAGCGUGCCAUCGUUUGUUCAGCAGUUUGGUAUCAGAGAGGAGCAAGGCACUCUGUCUCUGGAGACUUCAGCCAUCAGCUUUCCAGACCUUCCAAGACUAAUUUCCUUUUACUGUGUUAGCAGAGAUGUGCUACCAUUCCCUCUGGAGCUUCCUGACGCAAUAGCGAGGGCAUCAUCGCACAAAGAGCUCGAGUCUAUCUCACACAUGGGAAUAGAGUUUUGGAAUUCCCACCUAAAUGUCCGUGGGCCACGGGAGACACCUAAGCCCCGAAAAGCUAAGGAGAAGAAGCGAGAUGUUGCAACCUCCGCCCUGCCUAAGUCUGCACUGCAGUCAAGCUCUGCAGCUCCGUCUGACUCAGCUCCACAGCCAGACUCAGACAACCAGCAUAAAUCUGCACCUGACUCAGAUGCUGCCGCCCAGAAAUCGUCUCUAAAUUCCACCUUGUUCCAUGAGUUUUGCCCGAUCACGACGCGUAGUCCCUUAGAGCUGGACUGUGGCUCUGGGCUGGGCGCUCUCUGUUUCAUCAACCCUCUUUUCCUGCAGUCUCAGAGCACUUUAUCCAGACGGCGCAUGUUCAAGCACAGCCUCAAAGUCCGGGUUUCAACAGAGACAUCGACCAUGCUGUCGCCCCCGCUUGCUCCGCCACCUCCGCCACCUCUAAUGCCAAAAACCAAGGGGAGGCGUAAAGCCCAGAAGAGCGGACAGGAAACACUCGAGCUGAGAAAAGACCAGACUGCUCAAGACGGCCAUACCCAGCCGGUGACGCAAAACGAUCCCAGCGGUGGUCAACUGCAGCCUUCAUCAGCAAUUCCUCAGAUCCAGCCAGGGAUGCAGGAGCAGCAGAUGGAAGCACGCCAAAGUAAAGAGGGAGUGAAAGAAGAGGAGGCUACUGCUCAGCCACCAGUAAUAAAGGAGCAUCUCCCAGAUGACUCAGACUACAUGAAACCCUGUCCAAUAAUCAGUUUCCCCAAUUGUGCCUCACUGUCGCCUAACCCACCUCCUCUUUUCCCCAAAAUGUUUCAAUCCCUCUCUCCCCGUGACUCUCCCAGUGCUUCUCCCUCUCUUUCCCCUUAUCAGUCCCCAUCUGUAUCUCCCAAGAUGCACAUUUCUCUCUCCCCUUAUGACUCUCCCAGUGCUUCUCCCUCCCAUUCGCCUUAUCAGUCCCCAUCUCUUUCUCCUAAGGUCCCCUACUCUCUCUCUCCCUUCAUCUCCCAACCCUUCUCUCCGUUGAUAGAGCUGGCCAGCGAUACAUACUCCACUCCUUCAACACCGGAUCAGUUGAGAUCAGACAGUGAAGCUGAAGAGAAGGAGGAAGCACAAGUGAUCGAAAACGAGGAUGGAGAAUACAAAGGAGAUCAGCACCAAAAGAGGGAAAAGGUUGACUUGGUGUUACAAACGAAUGCUGCUUCUGUAAACGAUAGGGAGAGCUGCAGUACUGAAGAAACAGCAGAAACUCCUGAUAUAUCCGACAAACAGGGCGAUGGUACAAAAGCAUCUAACGAGCAAACAGUUUAAACUGCCUUUCAAUCAUAUUAGUAAUCCCUGGGAUUACUUCAGAAUGCCAGUAGUUUCUUCAGGGUGACUCUUUAUUGUUAACGUGUAGUAAAAGUGAGUUUAUGAAAAUGAAACCUGCUAUGAUUCUGGAAGGAAAGAAAAAAUAGCACCCAGAUCUUAUCAAAUUGAUUUUUUUAAUUUGUUCAGAUUCAACAUCAAAAAUACUUACUAGUCCAACUCACCAGAAAGAGGAAUAACACUAAUCCAAUAUGCCUUAAUACCAAACUGGGCAAAAAAAAA